UUUGUGCGGCCGGUGUAAAUGGAUGCUCUGAGGCAGAAACUCUGCAACAGAGUCUAACUCAUUAGCUGGAGCCCCGGACGAGCCGACAGACACACCGGCAGCCGGGAGAGAAGCGCUCGCCCAGAUAGCAGGGACAGAGCGCCGUGUGUGGGGAGAGAGAGGGAGAGGGGGGGUAUAUUCGCAGGACGAUGUUUCGAGGAGAAAAUCGAUGCUGCAAUAAAUAGGUUUCUCUUUAUGUAUGUGAUGCCUCGCAAAUGGUGGAGUACGUUCUUAAAUCUGAUUUUUCUUCCUCUCUGCACCUCCACCGACCCCAGCACACUCCAAUCUCGCUCCCCGGGACAGAACGGAUUACGGUCCAGGCUAUAGUUUAUCGAUUUGUGUUUGCGAGCUCUUGCCUCUUGCACACGCGGAUCUUUAGGUUACAUAACGUAAAUUAUUUAACAUUUUCUAAUCUGAGCCGUACUUCAGAUUUUCCACAGCGCCGAAGAUCUGGGAAGCCCCCUUUCCAUUGGACCACCGCGAGUCACGUGCCCCCUGUCACGUGAACCCUGAGGAAAAAGGGGUGCUUUUUGGUGUAAAUCUGGACUUUAAUUCCGUAAUAUAUCACGGUACCUCGUAAAACCGACACUAAAACGUCCCGGCCUACAAAUCACCCGGCCAAAUUAUGAGUUCAUUGUAUUAUGCGAAUGCUUUAUUCUCCAAAUACCAAGCUGCAAGUUCGGUGUUCCCAGCUGGGGUCUUCCCCGAGCAAACUUCUUGCGCUUUUGCGCCCAGUUCUCAGCGAACCGGCGGCUAUGUCUCGGGCAACGGUGCCACUAGCUUCCCUUCCUCUAUGCCGGGGCUGUACAGCAACGGAGGCAGCGUGCAUCCCCCGAACCAGAGCGUGUAUUCGGCCGGCUACGGCCUCAACACGGGCUCCUUCAACAUGCACUGCUCGCCCUUCGAUCAGAACCUGCCCAUGGUCUGCGCCGGGGAGCCCUCCAAGCAGGCGUGCGGCGGCAAAGCAGAGCACGGAGACGCUGAGCAGCAGAACGAAGCCAACUUCCGGAUCUAUCCCUGGAUGAGAAGCACAGGCACCGACAGGAAGAGGGGCCGGCAGACCUACACCCGCUACCAGACGCUGGAGCUGGAGAAGGAGUUCCACUUCAACAGGUAUCUGACACGGCGGCGGCGCAUCGAGAUCGCGCACGCCCUCUGCCUGACCGAGCGGCAGAUCAAGAUCUGGUUCCAGAACCGCCGCAUGAAGUACAAGAAGGAGAACAAGAGUUCGGGCCAGAGCCCGUCCGCCGAGGACAAGCCCGGGGGAGAGGAGGAGGAGGAGGAAGAGGAGUAAUGAGCAGCUCCGCCGCACCGACCCAGAACUCCGACAAAAAUCAAACAAAAUACCUACAAAAUAAGACUGAGCAUAGAGUGAAUAGGGGGGAAUCGCGGCGUCCCCUUUUUGCAAAACACUGAUUAAUAAAAACACAAAACAAGAAUGAAACAAACAAUACUACCUACUACACGUAAUGUUUUGUACAUUUAGAGACUGAUGUGACACCUACCUAUGAAAUGUAAUUUGAACUCUUCAGUGAGCGUAAUCGUGGAAAAUAAAAUCGGCAUUUUUAUGUUGUUGUUGUGGCUGUUGUUGUUGCUGUUGUUGUUGGUGUUGUGUUAGGAUGUAAACGUCGCCAUUGAUAAGUGUCGUGCCUAUACAAGCAGCCUGACCCCCGAGUCGUUGUCGUUGUGUCGUGUCGGAUUAGCACUGUUUCACCAGACAGAGAAAAGCGAAGCUUUUUUAAAAAUGCGGUAAAGGGAUAGGGUUGCCCCGGUAUAUCCGAUAUAAAAGGAAGUGUACAUACAUGACACAUUCACCUUUUGUGUAUUUGUGUAUAUAUAUGAUUCUUUUUUUUUCUUCUGUAAGCGCUUUCUUUGUCUUUUUUUUUCAUUCAAGAAAAGCCUGUUUUUGCGUGUGUACAUUAUAAAUCCUGUACAGUGGACCACAAGAUGUACUUAUUGAUAUUUUUGUCUGUAUGUUGUGGAGGAAUAAAAAGUUGUGUAAAAAACGCAAA